AUGUUAUGUCACGUGCUAGAGUCGUGCCAUAAGAAAGAAGAUCAUAGUCAAGGUUAUUGCGCAAGCAUACUCACUGCUAUGGUGCAAGAAUAUAUUCAAGGUUAUUGCGCAGACCCCAGUCAAGGUUAUUACGCCGAGUCUACUCAAGACAUUUGGGGUGGACAAUUUCACAUUCAUCAAAUAGUGAUGGUUUAUGAUCAAAAAUGUACAAUCGUUCCUGGCAUCGACUUUUUACAAGCAACAAUAUUAGAAAUACAAUAUAGUCACGAACCACAACGUUGUUUGGUGAAAUUAAAUUAUGAGCAAACUGAGUUAUAUGUUGACUCUAGUGCCAUAUUUCAAAUGCCAUUUCAAGGUUUAGAAGAUGAUGAUAUGGACCAUGAUAAACUGGCAUGUUUGAAACAUGAAUUAUAUGUUGAUCCAUUUGAUAGUCGAUAUACUGCUAGUGAAGCAGAUGAAGAAGAAGGAUUCUCAAAAACAAAUUCCCAAUCCAUAACAUCAGUGAUAACGCCAGCAACAGUGAGAAAACACUAUUUCCAUGGUCAACACAUGUGUGAUCUCGGCUGUUAUCUUCAAAAUAAAUCACAGCGAUUUAUAGAAAGUGUCACGAAACGGAUACAAUCUAACACGGAAAAAACAUUAAAAAAGGAAAAAACAAAUUCAUCAUUUGAAGAACAACUCCCAGUUUUUGACAGGGAAGAAAUUAUGUGGCCUGAAGAUGGUGAGGUAUGGUUUUACCAUGAAAUAAAACGACAACGUCAACAAUUUAUUCGAUCAAAACCGUCUCAUUCACAUGAUGAUGACAUGGUGGAAAGCAUAGGCAAAUGA